UUUAGCCAUGUCUUAUGUUCGUAGCAAUGCUUUUGCCUAUUCUAUGACCACUCUGGCUGCACAGUUGAUGCACUCKAUUUUCAGUUUCUAUUAUGUGAAAAUCUUCCUGAAUGUUUAUCGUAUAUCUGAAGGAUGGUUUAACUUUGCUCAAGUGGUUUUCCUAAUAUGGAAUGCCAUCAAUGAUCCACUCUUUGGCUACAUACAAGAUACUUCAGGCUGGGAAAUAUUUAGAAACAGGCAAAAAGCUAUUUUAUAUGGAGCUCCCCUUUUUGCAAUAAGCUUUCUGUUACCAUGGUUUCCAUGGGUGUCAGAUGGUACUAGUGACUGGUUGGUUGGUGUCCAUCUCUUGGUAUCCCUGUUUUGUUAUGAUGCAUUAUUUACCUUUGUAUUAUUUGUAUUUAUGAAUUUCUUCCAGGUAUUUCACRGCAMUUUUCAAAGCAAUUUUUUCCUCAUAUUCAGCGAUUAYUUGAUUGGACCAGAUGACCUACCGUCUUUUGUGCUAAGCUUAAUUGCUGGGUCGUCAUACGUCCUUCCMCAGGUACUUAUACUAUCGUCCAGCUCACUAUUGACAAAAUAUGGAUCUUAUCGAMUUAUUCUAUGGUGUCUUUACAUCAAGUUUUUCAUGUCUGGAAUUGUUUAUAUUCUUGGUAGACACCAAAUAUGGCUUUUAGCUUUUAUGUUUGUUGCUGACAGAACAUUGCAGUCCGCUUCAGCGUCCCUUUUUAAUUUAUCGUUGUCGGAUAUCGUCGACGCCGACAUGGAGACAUUCAAGCGAAAGAGUCCAGUAUCGUCCAUGAUAUUUGGUACGAAUGCUCUCUUCACGAAGCCUUCACAGUCACUCGCACCGAUGAUGGUAGUUUAUAUAUUGACAAGAUAUGGUUACCAGCGAAAAGACGCAAGUAUUUCAAAGCAAAAUCCAGCUGAAUACACCAUUCUCCAGGACGUAAUGUUCAAUUUGAUGUGCCUAGUACCUUUGUGCCUUGCUUUGGUCCAGAUAAUAGCCUGGAGGUUUUACACUCUACGCAAGACACGUAAUUUAAAAUUAUAUGAAGAAAUAGAUGUAAUAGGAAUGUAGCGUAAAAACUGGCCAGAUUCUAGCAAUUUUCUUUAAUACUCUGAUAGAGGAUGAGAAAUAGCGAGCUAUUGGUCUUGAAAGGUGGCCAUAUCAGAAUUCCUGAAAUGCGCAUGCUCGUAUUUUGUUUUCGAUCAUAUCCCACAUUGCUUAGUGCCCGAACUGCGGUCAGUAUUUAUUAGUGUAUAUAAUUUAAUGGGUAAGGGGGAUUUACAUGAAAAGCGCUCUUAAAGAGCAAACAYGCGCAACUCAAAUGAGUAAAUAUCAUAAAAUMAAAUACAAAAAUMAAAUACAAAAUAGGUAAAUCGRCUUAUGCUAAUUCCUUUGUUUUCUAUUGUCUAAUGAACACUAUUUAUURGWAAUUAGUGGUGUUUGUUUCACGGUUUUAGUGCGUCUACUUUAGUGCGCUUAAUCAAGAGCCUUUAACGAAAAAAAAGCACUUUAAUUUUCAAGUUUUUGAAAGCAAUAGUAUUUAUACUGAUUUUCGAUACGCAGCUGUUGGAAAAAAUAUUCCAGUUUUAUAAAAUGCUAAUUUUAGUGUACUACUCAACUUAUAUGUAUUUUUAUUUGACAUAUAGUUGUAUUCAAAGCAUGGCUCUUAAUUAAAUAAAAAAGUAAAUCAAAUAAAAAAAAAUAAAGUAAAA